AUCGAAUGAAAAAAUUAAAUGAUGAAACAAAUCGUCAUAUUGAUGAAUAUAAAACAAAAAUGUAUGAAUCGAUACUUUCGAUUCUGGCGAAUUAUGAAAGUUUCUUUGAAAAGUCGCCUACACUCUAUUCGAGUUUGGUUAGAAACAAUUUCGAACAUGAAAGGUUCUAUACCAGGCAUACAGAUUUUUGGAAAGAAAUAAACGAUAUAAUUCAAGAAAUUAGCAGUGAAGAGUGGAAAUCGUUGAAGCGAAGAUAUUAUUACGCAAAAGAACUAUCAAUUGAUCAACGACAAGAAAAAAAAGAUCAAAUAUUUUCACAAGUUUUUGAAGCUCAAGAAAGUGCUAUGCCGAUUAGUAUUAGCAGUUCUGGCCUCGGCUCUCAAUUUCGCAUUAUUGUUAAUUGGUUUAAUAAAUCAAAAGACGAUUAUCAAGAAAAAUAUGAAAACGCUAAAAGAGCGGCCGAGGAAACGUCAGACGCCAAUUUCAUAGAGGAGCUAGUACCUUUAGCGUCU